AUGAUGAGUGCAGCUGCUAUUUCACUUCCUAAAGAGUCUUCAUCUCAGAAUAAAUCGGCAUUGUCAUUGUCCUCGUCGUCGUCAUCAUCGUCAACUUUGGCAAAUAUUAGAUCAAAGUACAGAUCAAGCACAGCACAAUCUGCAUCGUCUAAACCGUUGCCCAGUUUGAACCCAAGCCUAAACUCGAGUUCUUCCAGUUCUCUCGCUAGUUUUAAUUCCGGUUCGGUUGCACAAUUACCCAAUUCAUCUGCACACAACUCGCGGUCUAACCAUGUAUUUGCAAAGAGCAGCAAUUUACAUAAAUAUACUUCACUGUCCCACCAAAGUUCAUUUGCAAACUCUGAUGAUACACAUAGCUUAGCCAGUACCGUAUCUAACCACAGCUCAAGCAACCACACAUUACCUUCAACAACAGAAUCUUACCAACACCAGAACAAGCAUCAGAAUCACCAACACCAAAACCGGAACCACCACGGCAGAAAGCAGAGUAUUGACAAAUUGUUACCUGAUUCAAAUAAAUCAAAUUUGCCAAUCGAUCUCAUUACACCAGCAUAUAAUCUUGAACGAGUCCAAACCACAAUGUCAUAUACCGAGGAGUUUCUAGAGAAUCCUGUUCAGUAUCGUGCGCAACUCAACUUGUCGCAGCAUGAAAUAGAUAUGGUGAGGUAUACAUGGAACAAGAUGUUGAUGGAAGAUAAAUCAAAUAGACCAAAUAGAAUGCCAGGACAGUUUCCUGAUCUGGGCUUUACUCCAACCACAGAGACUCCGAAUUGUUCAUCCGUGUCAUUGAGUUUAUUUUGUCGACAGCUUUACAUGAAUUUGCUAGCAAGAGACCCAGAGUUGGAGAAGAUGUUUCCCUCUAUUAAGCACCAAUCGAUAAGUUUUGCUGGCGUAAUGACAUUGAUUGUAUCGCAAUUGGAGAACUUGUCUGUACUUCAGUCCUAUUUUAUCAGUCUCGCAAAGAAACAUUCGAGGGUAUUGGGUAUUGAACCACCACAAUUUGAACUUAUGGGUGAAGCCUUGAUCCAAACGUUUAAGGAACGUUUUGGAAAUCAAUUCACACUAGAGUUGGAGAUACUUUGGAUUAAAGUGUUUUUAUUUCUUGCAAACUCAUUGAUGCAAAUGGGAAUAGACCCGGUGUUGAAGCCAGAACUUGUUGAAUUCCAGCUCCCGCACCAACAACAACUGCACCAACUGCAACAGUAUCAAUAUCAACAUCAACAUGAAGUUCAGUCUCUACACAAACAUGCUAGUAGUCUGGCAGAUAUGAGUGAUGCAAACAGUUUUGUGGUUAAUGAUGCCGACUCUUUUCUUACCAAUGCCACAUCAAUUAGCCAUGUUCCUAUCAAUGGUAGCACACUGACCAAAAAGACGUUUCCAACAAAGGAUGUUGCUUUACAGACUAUUGAGCUGAAGACAGAAAAGAAAGUAAAGACAUCGAGAUUUAGCAAGAUGAAGAAGAAGAAAAAGGGUGAGAAUUGUGUAGUUGUGUAG